AUGGAUAGCGAAGUCCCUCUUCCCCCGCCGCGACGAAUCCGGCACCGCUCCCCCGCCAGUUCCAGUUCCUCCGCUGCGAACCCUCCAACUGCUUCCUCGUUCAAAAAGACAUACCGACUCUCGCGCUUUGAUGACCGCUCCAGCCAGCCGUCCAGUGAUCCUGCGCUCUUCUCCAGCGAUGAUAUCCCUGCGUCCGGUCUCGAAAACUACAACGCCCCCGUCUCCUCUGGAAAUGCAGCGGGCAGGAAACGACGCUACCGGGGGACCUGGUGGGGAGAGACGGUAGUCGAUCCGAAGCGGAAGAGGGCAGACUUUAAGGACAAGCGGCUUGUGGAUAGUGGUGUGUGGAUGGGAAGUGAUGAGUCGACGGCAGAGUCGCUUUUGCCGUCGGAGGAUGCGUUGAUGUGGGGGGAAGACUUGAUGCGGAAUAUGCAGAAUUCUACGUCAGCUGGGGUGGGCAGUGAGGGACAGAUGGGCGCAGCCAGUUCACAACCUGCGAUUUCACAGCUGCGUCAGACGGUGUCACAGCCGGGGAGUUUCAGGAAGGUGGAGGAGCCGAGGGAACAUCAGCUCGCGAGGACGAUUGUCAAUGACUGUCUCGAAAAAGGGCAGGAUAGCGUCGACUUGAGCAAUGGCAAUCUGAGAGAGCUUCCGUUGGGCUUGCUGCUUCCUCUUCAAUAUCUCACCAAGUUGCCCUCAGUCAGAGAGCCUCCAAUAUCGGAAGAGGGCUACAGCUCCUUGAAACCGUUUCUCCGGUUGUUCCUGGCUGGCAAUGCGCUUACUGCAGUUUCGGGAGAAAUAUUCGAACUCGACUCGCUCAGAGUUCUCAGCUUGCGGAAUAACAAGCUGACGGAGAUUCCUCCCGCUAUAAGAAAGCUGACAAUGCUGCAAGAGAUCAACCUUGCGGUCAAUCGCCUGCGAUAUCUUCCUUGGGAGUUACUAUGGUUGAUCAGGAAGGGUGACCUGAAACAUCUGAUGGUCCGACCCAACCCCCUUCUUCAGACCAAUGAUGUAGAAGUUACAAGGUGGUACUCGCCCGAUGGUAGCGAUGCAACAUCACCGGAGGAGGCGUUGAAAGCGUGCCAUUAUGAAGGACCCGCACCUGAGGAAGCAUGGGCCCCAAUUCAAGUGGCGAUCAGCCCCAUCCGACGGUUCAACAUGGAAGGUAUUCCCAUAACGGAUGGCCAAAGCGGCACCUUGCCGUUGAGAUCAUCGGACGAUGCCCCGUCCCAUGUGCCCUCGUUGCGUGAGGUGUCCCUCCUGGCUUUCAGCCAAUCAGCCUAUUGCGACCAGAUAUCCGAGUCUGAGAUGAUCGGCUAUCCUGAACUAAUGGUUCGCCUCCUUCGACAGGCUAAGGGUGUCAGAAAUGCUGGCGGUAGAAGCUGCUCGAUAUGUCACCGGAGCUUUGUAAUUCCUCGCACCGAAUGGAUUGAGUGGUGGGACUGCAGUACCUACGAAAACGGGCUCAAGAGACCUCGGUGUCCUGGGGAGCAACUACGCCCAUUGCCAUUUCGAAGGUUUGGUUGCAGUUGGGCAUGCGUUCCCGAAGCCGAAGAGUCAAUGCUCCAAGCCGAAACUGGUCAGCAACAAGGCUAA